CUAAAAUGGAGGCAAUGCACGGCUCUUCGGCAAUGCGUAAUACCAAACAACACUUUUCUCCUGAACUCCUCCCUUCUGCUUUUGCCCUCCCUCGAUUUUUACCUCGCCCUCCUCUGGUCUAGCUUGUCUCUUGCUUUUUAUUUAGCCAGCUACCAAGUUGCGACAUUUCACUUCACGCCGCUUCAUCGUUUUGUUUCCCCGCAUAAUAUUUUGGGAUAAAUGCACGACGUAUCGUUUUUUAAACUGUUAUCAUAAAUGUAAGUGAUUAGAUUUUUCCAGCACUAUUAACAUUCGUUCUAAGUACGGCGUAUUCAGAAUUGGUAAAAUAAUUAUCGUAUCAUGAACAUUUAUUUAGCAUGCUGUAAUAAGUAAGAAGACAACGUGUUGAAGACAGGAUUAGGCUAUUUAUCAGACCUACCGAGCGUGCACAGACAGGUUUUUACGGCAGGGGCAGCCACAUGAAGAGGUCAAUAAAGAGGAUGACGAAGACGGAAGGAUAAACGACAAGAGACAGCCAGGGAAGGAAGAAACGUGGAGAAGGAGGGAUGAGAAAGAGACUAAAAUAAGAGGAGGAAGUGGAACUCCAAAGUGCCUAAGAAGACUGUGAGUGGGUGCCUGACGUUCUGGUCUGGAGUGUUUGGCUGGCUGGUGGCCUGCUGCCUCUGUGUACUGCUGCUGUCUGCAUAGGACAGGCUCCUGGCCCUGCUAGGUGAGAGUAGAGCAAAGCACAGCACUGUGUGUGUGUUUAUUUGUGUGUGUUUGGCCUUGAAUGAGGCUAUAUGUGACCCUGACAGCCAGAGAGUCAUUCCGUCCUGCUGCUGAUCUGCAAUCCGCCCACCUCCCCUCAGCCUCCACCUCCCCCCAGCCUCCACCUCCCCUCAGCCUCCACCUCACCCCAGCCUCCACCUCCCCCCAGCCUCCACCUCGUCAUCAAUACAAGGACACUGGUCGAUAAGCUUCUGCUUUUUUAUCUUUCCUUUUUCUAAACAGCCUGACCAGCCAUACUAAACGCUACAGAAGCCGUGUCACAGUUCUGGAUAUUUGGGGUGGUUUUGGGGUUUCUGUCUGAAGAAUGGAGUGACCAGCGUGCGCAAGACAGAGACAGACAGACUGACGGACAUAAGAAGAGGAAGCUGUCAUUGGAAGGCCUCUCUCUAGGACAAUGCAUGUCUGAACUAUAUAUCUCAGCAUGCCAGAGUAAGGUCCCCCAAUUUCGUCCUUUUUCUAUGAGACAGAGCUGGCCUCUGCUCACCUCUAUCUCUGAGAACUCAUCCCAUCGUCAGUGGAUCAGGGAUCUGCACCGUACCCAAGAAAACCCACUACUCCAGCCUCCAUACCCAGAAACUCAAAGUCAUUUCAAAAGACCAGCUUAUUCAUUGUAUCCAGUAUAACGAAGUCUUUCAUUUAAUUUCACGCACUCAUCUCCUCUUGUCUUGCCAAGGAGUUUCCAAUUUAUUUUCGUCUGCAUCAGGGCUUUUUGUUUGUGCACUAAGUCCCGAUUGUGUCCAACCCUAGACCCUACUCCUUUAUCCACUUGCCCCUUCUUGUCCCGAGGGGCUGUAAUGGCAGUCAAUAUGGGAAGUAUGGCCAUGGGCCGGGACACUAAGUGGUUGACCCUAGAGGUGUGUCGAGAGUUUCAGAGGGGUACCUGCUCCCGCUCGGACGCUGAGUGUAAGUUCGCCCACCCAGCCAGGAGCUGCCACGUGGACAAUGGCAGAGUCAUCGCCUGCUUCGACUCACUCAAGGGACGCUGCACGCGUGACAACUGUAAGUACCUGCACCCCCCUCCCCACCUCAAGACCCAGCUGGAGAUCAACGGGAGAAACAACCUGAUCCAGCAGAAGACAGCAGCGGCCAUGUUGGCCCAACAGAUGCAGUUCAUGCUGCCAGGAGCCCAGUUGCAGCCCAUAGUGAAUAGCCCACACUACACAACUACGUUCCCUAUGACUCCCAGUAUGUCGUCCCUGGCCACCAGUCCCAGUAUGGCGUUCAGCCCGUAUCUGAGCCACAUGGGUCCAGGGAUGGGCCUGAUGCCUGAGCUGCUACACCAGGCCCCCCUGCUGGUCCCAGGGAGCCCCACCGGCCUCCAGGUCAUGGGCAACAGCAGCUCCCAGCAGAAACACAUGCGGACAGACAAGCUGGAGGUAUGUCGUGAGUUCCAGAGGGGUAACUGCACGCGGGGCGAGGGUGACUGCCGCUAUGCCCACCCUAUGGAGGCAGCCAUGGUGGACGGCAGUGAAAACUCAGUCAUCGUCUGUAUGGACUACAUCAAGGGCCGCUGCUCCAGGGACAAAUGCAAGUACUUCCACCCCCCUGCCCACCUGCAGGCAAGGAUUAAGGCCGCCCAGCACCAGGCCAGCCAAACCGCCAACGCCAUGGCCCUGCCCCAUGGGGCAAUGCAACAGCUACCAAAGAGGCCCACCUUAGAGAAGAGUAACGGGGGUGGUGCUGUGUUCAACCCCAGCAUGUUCCACUAUCAGCAGGCCCUGGCUAACAUGCAGCUGCAGCAGCCAGCCUUUAUCCACCCUGGGCUUAUGAAAGGGCCGGCCCCGCUAGCAGUGGAUGGCCGUUGGGAGAGGCGGGACUGGAGCAGCUGCAGGCACCCCCACAGCCACCUCUUGUCAGCGCCUGGAUUCACUGUACCCAUGAUGCACGGUGCCACCACCUCCACUGUUUCGUCGGCCUCGACCCCAGUCACCAAUGUUCCUUUCGCAGAAUCAGCCUCCUCCAAUCAGACCCUUCAGAGGUUCUGAGUGCCGACCCAGUGGACCUUCAGUGCGUCCCCAUGGAAGCCCACUUCUGCCCUCUCCCCAAACUCCUGAUGGCUGCUCCGGUGGCGCUGAACCCAGUAACCCUCCCGUGAAACCCCAGUUAAAGCACCCGACAACACCAUCAAACCCUUAGUCAUCCCCAACCAACCAACCCUGCUCCAAAAAUACCCCAGUCAACUAUUUGAAUGCAACAAACAUGUGCCUAACCUACAGUGCACCCCAAGUGAGAGGUAGUGUUAUCCUCAUUAAGGAGGUAUUCACAUAAUAAAAAAGUUGACAAGGUUUUAUUGACAUUUAUCACAGGCAAUACUAAAGCUUGGACCCAUUACUGUUGAUGUAAAGCCAGCCCAGACUGAUGCACAUUGACUUGAAGGAGCAGACUGAAGGAGAGGCUCCCCAGUUCUUACAGCCAUACAAACCCACACCUUUAACACACAAAUACACAUACACACUAAAAACAGCAAAUCCUCUUGGAGACUAAGCUGAGGAUAUGAGGCGUAAGGUCGUAUAAUCUUACACAGCUGACUGUUCCCUCAAAGUCAGACAGUCUGGAAAGAAAAUGAGUGACAAGUCAGACAAGAAGAAAUAAGUAGUCUGCAGAGCUUGGAUCAUUCUAGAAGUAGUCUGCAGAGCUUGGAUCAUUCUAGAAGUAGUCUGCAGAGCUUGGAUCAUUCUAGAAGUAGUCUGCAGAGCUUGGAUCAUUCUAGAAGUAGUCUGCAGAGCUUGGAUCAUUCUAGAAGUAGUUUGCAGAGGUUGGAUCAUUCUAGAAGUAUUCUGCAGAGGUUGGAUCCUGUAGAUCAUUCUAGAAUGCAAUGUCGUUUUCUUCAUCUUUUCUUUUUCACUUCAAAGAAAUGUGUUGCGUCUCAUUUAAUGUUUACAGUACGUUUCAAGACGGCUGAAGCUUAAAAGCAGUGUGUUAUUAUAUGUGAGCCAUUCCCUUAGUUCAGAGAGGCUAAGCUCCUAUGGUCCAAUUCAAAAAUCUCACCCAAGGUCUCAUAUAUGAUGUUCAUUUGUCUGUGCCUUUUGAGUUCCCAGCUAUGUAGGAGAUUUGAUGUCUUAUCCCAAAACAACUGAAGUCAAUGACUUAAAACCCAAUAGCCUUGAUCUCAGACAAAGUAUAGACAAGUGUUUCUAUUGACACACAAGUCUAUAGCUCCCCCUGUGUAUAUAUUGUCUGUCGAAAGGUCUCUCUGUUCAGGAGGACUAGGUCCUGUGACAAGCUCUCUUCAUGAGAUGAUUUUUGGGUCGUUACACGAAUAGAGUGCCUUUCAAUUGAACUGUUAGAUCACGUACAUCGAUGCUCUAACUAGUCUCGUCAAUCCCAGCACUGGGAAUCAUGAAAAAAGGAAAUUGUCCUCUUCAGACAGACCAAUCACAAGUUUGGGUAGGUGGGGCUUAGAAUGCAGGCAGGAAUUGUGAAGAACUCUUACCAUGGCCUGUAGAGCCAGACAUGCCAGAACUUCGCAAUUUGAAACCAAAGUUUGCAGGCAAAACCUUUGCAGUGGUUUUAGUGAAGGUAGUUGAUGCAAACUAGCCACUUGUGAAAUACACUCAUUAAAAUAACCUCUGUGAGCUCCAACUUGUUAGCUACUAUUUUGGGCAACAAGCGAAUAAGGCAGUGACGUAAGAAAGAAGGAAAUCCCAACUCCACCUUUUACUCUAUGUCAAAUUGACUUUGUCUUAGUACAGACGUGUAUGCUGGAAGACUGGUGCGUUGUGGGAGGCAACCCAUCUGUCUAGAGAGACUAUGCUCUAACUUAACAAAACCAUUUUCAUUCAAAUAAGUUAUUUGUUUUCUCUAAAAAUCCACAUUUUGCCAUGUCCCAUGUCUUGUUUGUCCAACUUCUAGGAAGAUUUGAACUCACUUAACUCCAAGUUUUUCAGAUGUUUUCAUGGUAAUUUCUGAAGAUGUUUCACUUAUUUAAUGUAAUUCCCCCUCUGACAUCAUUGAACGUCUGUGCACGCAUGAUAGAACAGCAAUGUACUGCUAUUUUAUUUUACCACGAUGCCGGAUGCUCCUCUCCUCCGUUUAAUCAACAAAACAAAAACAAUAUCACCUUUGCUCGGGCCGAAGAAUGGCACUGUUAUUCCCUUGUGUGGAUUUCAACUUUAAACCUCUUGAGAUAGGAAAACAUGUUUGUUAUGAAUUCCAACAUGUGCUCCUCAUGACAGAAUGUUACAAUUAAGUGAAAGCGUUAUUUUUGACAAAAUUACACUUCCCAAAAGGUAAUCUAUUCGUGGAAGGACACAUUAUUGAAACCAAAAAUGAAAUUCAAUGGCGAAAUCUGAAAUAAUACUUCUUGAACUUUCUGGAACCACUGCAGAGGCUGCAUAAGGGGAGGUGCUUUGCUUGUCUGAAAGGUCUAGCAUGCUUACCUGUGUGCCAAUGAUUCUAUAAUGGAGGUUUGUCUGUGCCAAUCAUUGGUGUAUACUGUAUCCUGAAUAGAAUUCCCUUACUGUUGUCGGAUUGAUAUCUGAGUGGAUGUUUCCCCUUCAAUGAGCCGUCCCUUUCCCUGUCAGGGGUCAAUCUCCUGCAUUCAUAGUAGUAUGUUUAAGUAAGUGGUAUACAUUUUUCUAUAUGUUGUGUUAAGAAUAUUUUAAUGGAAUGGAUUUGACAAAAAAAACGUGGUUCUGCAGGGAGUAUAUUGAGUAAGCUUGAAAUUGUUCUGUCUGUAAAACAUGUAUUUGAUCAUAGUCACUGUGUCCUUACUUUCAAUCAUCAGCAGACUUUAAAUGCUACAAAUAUAGUGACCUGGUGGGACAGUACCGACCUAAGUAGAGGAAAUAGAAGGAGAUAGUGAGAGACUGAAAGAGAAACUGAUCAGUUCUGGAGUCAAGUAUUUGGUCUUAAAAUGGUAUCCAGAAUUAUUACAAAAUGGAGCAGAAUUGCUAUGAAAAUGGAUAGAGACAAUACAUUAGCUGAUAUGUUUAGGUGAGUUUUAAUGUGCCUCUCUCACUCGUUUUCAAGUCUUCUGAAACCAAUCACUGUCCAUACACUGUAAUAACUGACUUUUCAGUCUUUUCAAAACAGAUGAUACGUUGACUAGCACUGCCUGUCUGGCGCCAUUGAUCUGUCAUGUCUCUGUAGUUUCUUCUUUGAAACAGCUGUGCUGUCUCAUCUUUUGAUGAGAUAAAAAAAGUAAUCAGCCUGAGUGGGUGGCGUGUUUAAAUGUUUUAAUUAAUGACACUGAAUCACUGAGUUGGACGUGGAAAUGUUGAGACGUUUUCCACAUCUUGGGGGAAAUGGAUAUUGACAGGAAGCUAUUCAUGUUUAAGUCAUGUCAUUUGCGUGGUGAAUGUAUCUAAUAGCCUCGAGCGGCAUGUUGAAAUGUAAUGAUUCACUAUAUAGGCUAUUUCUAUUAAGAGGUCAAAUGCAAACCACGUUAAGAAAACAUACUGUGUUAAGAAAUGUUUUAAGUAUGUGUGUGUAUUGUUAUAUAGGUUUAUGUUUAAAUGUUUGUGAGUGUGAGUACUUUCAGAAAUAUCUUUGGACAAGUGUGGUCCCUGCAUUUUCCUCCUUUCUUUGAUGCAUUCAGAUGCAUAUUAGAAAUGGUCCUCUCUUAAUCAAUGAAAUUGAUAUUAGAAUGUCUAGACAUAUUCAUUUCGUCUAAAUUGUAUAGCUUUGAAGGACUUGCGUUGCCCAGCCAAGAUGAAAAUCUAUCUUCUCUCUCUCCCCCCCCUCUCUAUGUCACAUCAUUAUGCCUUCUCCAACUGCUAUCCAGCUGGAAAUAACAAAAUACUUGAUUUAAGAAAAAGAAAAUGUGCCUCGUGGGGGGGGGCGUUAGCGUUUUAAGUAAACUUACAUGUUUAAGAGGUGUGUUUUCCUUGUACAAGAACAUAGUUAACUAGAGUAAUUGUAGUGUUGUUGGUACAAAUAUAUUAUUCUUUCUUUCUUCAUCCUUUACCAUUAUGUUCCAAAGUUUCUCCCUCUCUAAAUGGUACUUGAUCGAAUUUCCGUCACAUUUUUUGUCUUUAUUCCUAAAUCACAAUAUCAAAGAUGUGACUAUUUAUGGACAGAACUGUUAGUGGUAUUUUCACCCAUUUAGAUUUGUUUUUAUUGUUUAUUCGACAUUUGAAAAAAGUCAUAGCAUGAAAAUAAGAUAAUCUUCAUUGAUACUUAAUUAAUAGUUUGUGUAGUUUCCAUUUAAGAAAAACUAAAAAUAGAAAUUAUAUAAAAAUAUAUAUACCUUUGUAUCUAUACAAUGAUAGAUUCAUUGUUACUUAUUAAUAGUACGUCGUUGUUGUUGUUGCUGUGGCAACAGAACGACAACAUGGCUACCUUUGUCAAUCUUAAUUGUGAAUUUUUUCACAUAUGAAUUGAAAUAAUGUACAACAUUAACUUAUUCAGAAAGGGAAUGUCUAGUUAGAUUGUCUUGGAUUGCAAGAUGAUUGAAUAUUUUGUAAGAAAAAGUCAAGUUAAAUCCUUAAUGUCCAAAGGUCCUCUGGGGAGAUCAGGUGUUUUGUUUGUUUAUCUUUUGGGUUUGAUUCGUUUUUAUUUCUGGAUUUCGUUUUUUUGGAGAGUAAGAACGCAUCUCAGCUUUUAAAAUGAUCACCUUAAAUACCAGGAGGGUAAAGAGACUUUGGGACUGGAUACAAGAUUGAAAUAAUUCUGCUAAAUUGAGUCAUUAUAGACUUAUGACCUGAUUUGAUUUGCUGUUUUUGAUCUCACCACAUUACAUUGGAGUUGAACUGGCCCAUACAUGCUGUACAGAAUUUGCUAUGCGUCGUCUCUAUGCAUUGUAUUGCCAACAAUUUUCACCUAGGCUCAUAGGCUUAUACUAUAGGCCUUCUGUCCACCUGGACAGGGAGUGCUGAUGUCACCGAGCUCUUGGAUUGGUCCUCAGUAUGAAGUCUCUUUCCCCCUGUGGCCUGCCCAGCUGUGCUGGGAGAUGUUGAUGCUCGCUGGAGCUUUAAGGGAUCCAACCGGUGUACGAAUGUGUGAUAUUCACCUCGUUUGCACUUAUGUACAUAAGUAAGUCAAAAUAUUCUGCAUUUAUUUUGAAUAAAUAUAGAGAAAAGAACUGAUAAAAAAAAUCUAAUUUACUGUAUUGUUAAGAAAUACAGAUAAACAAUUAUCAUUUUAAUACAGUGUAACAAAAGAGAGUUGUUUUUGAGGGAUGUGUCUUUGGUUUUGUUAUAUAUGUGCCCUGCUCCUAUCAAAACAUGAUGGUGCCUCUGUUAAGAGAAAACAUAAUGUGUCAAAAAGAAGCUUUGUAGUUUGCCAUACUUUAUAGAAGCACAUUUAGAAGUCCAGCUAUGUCUGAUCCUGAACCAGUUUAGUUAUAUAUAUAUAUUUAGUUAGAACUAUAUGCGUGUAGUUAGAACUAAUAUAACUAUAUGCAUAUAGUUAGAACUAAUAGAACUAUAUGCAUAUAGUUAGAACUAAUAGAACUAUAUGCAUAUAGUUAGAACUUAUAGAACUAUAUGCAUAUAGUUAGAACUAAUAGAACUAUAUGCAUAUAGUUAGAACUAAUAUAACUAUAUACAUAUAGUUAGAACUAAUAGAACUAUAUGCAUAUAGUUAGAACUAAUAUAACUAUAUACAUAUUCCCUUUAGUAAACAAAUUAAUGAUAUUUACAUUUCCAUCAGGUGUUCUCCUGUUUGAUGACACAGUGACACAGUAAAUCAGAAUGGUAGUUUACAUAAAACUAGGGUUGCAAAGCUACCGGUAAUUUAACGAAGUUACUGGAAUCUUCUGUAUUUUUUGGUAAUUAACAGGUAAUAUAUGGCAAUCUAUGAUAACUUUGGUCAUUUAUACUUGAAUACAUUUUUAAAAAUGUAUUCAUAUAUAGUUUUCAUAUUGUCCAUUAGUUUCUAGCAGAAAUGAUUCAAGAGAACAUUUAUUCAAUUAGAAUGUAAUCAACAAUGGCAUUAUUUUCAAUUAACUCUGCAAUGCUUCUAACUAUUGACUGAACUGACACCAGUUUAGCUACACAACAUUUACAACAAAGACAUAUUGACAUAGUCUUGUAAAAUAAUAAAAAGUGUGUAAAAAAAUAUAGAAAGGAUAUUUCAUGCUUAAAGCCUCAUAUUAAACCCCAGUGGUAUUCACUAAGUUGAUGGUUUAUAUUUAGAAGAAUGUUUUACAACUUUGCCAUUGUAUUUUUUUUAUAUUAAAAUCUUCUUAUUUGAUUGUUAUAUAUUUGACAUGUGAUAAGGCCACACAGAGGGCCAGAGAUCAUAACAGACACCUGUGGUCAUCUGAAGUACCCAGAAGGGCCACUAGAUGUUUUUUGAUCAUUUACAUUAAAUCCUUGAAAUUUACCAAAUUUCAGGUAGUUUACUGGUAAACUUUGAAAUUGUAAUGUAAUAAACCCUUCCUUUGCAACCCUAUAUAAAAAUAGAUUGGUUUCAAGAUCAAACUGUGUUAGGAUUUUCUACACUAUCAGUCCCAUCAUUCUGCAUGCAAGUCGAUGUGCAGAAGAACCUGUGAAUUUGGUGGUCCACCUGCUGUCUGUCUAGGAAAUGACAUCCGCUGACAGUCGGAAAAUAAUGGAUGUCAGGUGUGCGCAAAAACAGGAAAUAAUUUGCUACUCGUGUGUAUUUGGUUUGUGAGAAGGGAUUUUACUUUACUCAUUGUCAUUAUCCAAAAAACAAUCAAUCUGAAUUCUCCACAGGAUUUUAGUCAGAUCUGGAUAAAAAAAACUGGUUUUACUACAAUCACACACACUUGCGAAACAAACAUACCUGACGAAAACUUCUGUUCAUGCGAACUUGUACAUUUAAUGCUCUUCAAUUGCUUUGGAAGCCAAUCAUUUUGUUGCCAUGGCACUUGUCCUAGAGGUGGUGGAGGGACUGGGUCUCAGUGGAUUGGUCCAAGGCCUUUCCACUGUAAACAGAGGAGAGGACAACCUUCCUGUAGACUGGGGAUAAGACUGGGGGUCAAGGCUCCCAAACUUUUAACAACUGAUUCAAAGAUCAGUUUCAUAAUGUACAUCUGUGCGUGUUGAUGUGAAAGCAAAAACAUAACAUCUCAUUCAUGGCAAGUGACCACAGAAUUUGUCCCUUUAAUUUAAAUAACUAUUGCUUUGGGUGCUUUCUUGGAUAUUAGUUGCCUGUUUCUGCUUGCUUGGCAAGGCAAAGCCAAGGAGUGAACAAACUUGCACCCAGGUAAAAUAUUGGGUUUGUUUAAAAGCAUUUCCGUUGAAGAGAAGGCUGUCCAUUAUGCUCCUCUCUCCCCCACUCUAGGACAAAAGUGAAAUUGACUGCUUUGAUUCCUGGUAUGAAAAUGCUUCUCUUUCACUUUCUAUUUAGCUUGUUGUGCUUGUACGUGCUAGAGAACUGUGCUACAUGCCAAUUAUUUUUGCUAUGUAUAAAUAUAUAGGUAUACAUACACAUAUGACUUAUGUUAUUUUUGUUUUACCUUUUAAUAAAGCACUUAAUUGGUGAUCUAUCUUU